UAAACGCUAUCAAGCGACGGACACAAACAUCGCAAGCCUGAAGUUGAUUUUCAUUGCUUCGUUCUUCGUAAAUAAGACACUUAAAAAUCGUAAAACGUGACUAAGGAAUCUGCCAUUAUGUCAACUUUCCAAAAACACCAAUUCGGGACCAGCUCCACGACAACCGGCCCCACCUGCUGCGGCUGAACUGCCCCCUACCUGUGUUGAAUCUGUGUUAAAUCCCUAUUACAGCAAUCGCCAUCUAUCAUCUAUUAAGAAACACAUUCGGCAAACCUAAAGUUCGGUUUCAUUACUUCAAUCCUUCGUAAAUAAGAUACCUAAAAAUCAAGAAAAAUUACGUGGGAAUCUGCCAUUAUAUCAAACCGGCAAAAUGUGUCAAACAUUUCUGAGCCACUCCAAAACCUGUGUUAAAUCCCUAUUAACGCCAUCUACUCCGACCUAUUACAACUAAAGCCAUCUAUUGAGAGAAAUAUCGUUAAAAACGGGGUCGGUGGUGUACUAUCGGAACAUUGAAAGUAAUGAGAAGAUGACCCAUCUCUUUGGACAAUGGAUAAAUAGCAUAUUAUUUCUGUUUCAUUGUUUUUAAUUUCAACUGAAAUUUGUCGAUUUUAUUCCGUUUAAACGAAACGUCAAUCAUUCACUGACACCAGGGCAUAUUUUCAAUACGAACUAAACGAAUUGUAACGCCAACCCGUCUUGCCAAUCAAAGCUUCACAUCUGUUUUCUACAUGAAAUGACACUGCCGUUGAAAAUAAAAUCCAGCGUUUUAAAUCCCCCCCAAAAAAUGUCUUCACCAAAUACAAAGACCAACUUGGGAAAUGGCCGUUGUAAGAACCAGUUUCUUUUCUCCGUUUUCGUUGUUAUCGGAUUAAUUUUAAUGGCGGCAUCCGGACUGGUGGUUUACUACGUGUUCUGUGUUCCAGCCCAACCGUUCACCGACAAUGCUGUAAUGGAUAACAAGGUCGAUGUUAGCGUUGUUUGCCCCCCACCAGUUGCUCCAACCAACUGCCCUGCCCCACCUGAUAAUUUACCUCUUUGCAAUUUCGCACCGACUUGUCCGCCCAUACCGGCCGUCCCUUGCGCCAGCGUUCCAGCUCAGGCAUGUCGACCAUGUCCAACUCAUCCGCCGUGCACUGCGUGGAAUUGCCAGCCGGUCACGUGUCCAACUGCGGCUCCGAAUCGCGUCCCAAACAUCAUUGGCAAUUUAUCGUCGUACGAGAUGACCAACACUAAAGCCAUCGAUUUGAUUCGACGCUAUCCACCGAACUCGUACGAACGCCUACAAGUGGCCGUUCAACUCAUGGGUUUCAGCAUCGAAUGGUGGGUCAAUACGCUAACGGUGCGCAAUUGCCGUUUCGACAAGAGACGGGUCUGCACGUUUUGCAAGGAUCGCUAUCGGUACCUGCGCUGCAUUGUGGAAAACGAACUCGAUUCCAACAGAUACACGGACAGGGAAUCCGGUAAUGCCAACAGGAUUUACAUGUUCCAUGACCGCGACGGUCGCGAUUGGUUCCCGCCCAACUUCCGCCAUCGUGUGGAUCAUUCGACUAAGAAUGAGGCGUACACAGACAAGCAGGAUCCGAAUUACGAUGUGACGUACGGCAUGGAGACUGACACGUAUGAGCAUUUUUUCAAAACGCAAAAGGCGCUCAGCUUUUGGAUUGAUAGGCCGGGCACGCCCAACAGGAGGCACUGCACACCUUGCGACGGGAACGAUUCGAUGGAGCACGUCAAAUGCACGACGUAUGCACAUUUUGAUUGGGCUUUGGACUGGUGGCCACCGCAUCAGUAG